CUGCUCCCAGACACACCUCCCCGUGGGAACGUACACUGACCACGGGAAGAGCCUGGAAGGGACUUGGGAUUGUCCCAAGGGAAGAAAAGAGAUCUGGACCACCCAGCCCGCCAGCACCACUCUGCAGAAAUGCCUCCUCAGCUUCAAAACGGCCUGGACGUCUCGGCCAGAGUCAUCCACGGCACCCUGGACAGCCUGCCCCCGGCAGUGAGGGCGUUUGUGGAGGACAGCGUCACUCUGUGUCAGCCGGAGCACAUCCACAUCUGCGAUGGGUCUGAGCAGGAGAACCGGCGCCUUCUGGACAGCAUGGAGGAGCAGGGCAUCAUCAAGAGGCUCAAGAAGUAUGACAACUGCUGGCUGGCUCUCACUGACCCCAGGGACGUGGCCCGAAUAGAAAGCAAGACCGUCAUCAUCACCCGAGAGCAAAGGGACACGGUGCCCAUCCCCACGACUGGCCUGAGCCAACUGGGCCGCUGGAUGUCCGAGGAGGCCUUUGAGAAAGCCUUCAACUCCAGGUUCCCAGGGUGCAUGAAAGGUCGCACCAUGUACGUCAUCCCCUUCAGCAUGGGGCCGCUGGGCUCGCCUCUGUCCAAGAUCGGCAUCGAGCUGUCAGACUCGCCCUACGUGGUGGCCAGCAUGCGGAUCAUGACCCGCAUGGGCACCCCGGUCCUGGAGGCGCUGGGCAGUGGGGAGUUCGUGAAGUGCCUUCACUCUGUCGGCUGCCCCCUGCCACUGAAAAGGCCGUUAGUCAACAACUGGGCCUGCAACCCAGAGCUGACGCUCAUCGCCCACCUGCCUGACCGUAGAGAGAUCAUCUCCUUCGGCAGUGGCUAUGGUGGGAACUCGCUCCUAGGGAAGAAAUGCUUUGCUCUGAGGAUGGCCAGCCGCCUGGCCAAGGAGGAAGGCUGGCUGGCAGAGCACAUGCUGAUCCUGGGCAUCACCAACCCCGAGGGCGAGAAAAAGUACCUGGCCGCAGCCUUUCCCAGCGCCUGUGGGAAGACCAACCUGGCCAUGAUGACUCCCACACUCCCCGGGUGGAAGGUGGAGUGUGUUGGGGACGACAUUGCCUGGAUGAAAUUUGACGAGCAAGGUAACCUAAGGGCCAUCAACCCAGAAAAUGGCUUUUUCGGCGUCGCUCCGGGGACGUCUGUGAAGACGAACCCCAAUGCCAUCCGGACCAUCCAACAGAACACCAUCUUCACCAAUGUAGCCGAGACCAGCGACGGGGGCGUCUACUGGGAAGGCCUGGAUGAGCCGCUGGCCCCUGGCAUCACCCUCACCUCCUGGAAGAACAAGAAGUGGAGCCCGGAGGACGGGGAACCCUGUGCGCACCCCAACUCGCGAUUCUGCACCCCUGCUGGCCAGUGUCCUAUCAUCGACCCUGCCUGGGAGGCCCCAGAAGGCGUCCCCAUCUCCGGCAUCAUCUUUGGGGGCCGCAGACCUUCUGGUGUCCCUCUGGUCUACGAAGCGUUCAACUGGCGCCACGGGGUGUUUGUGGGGGCAGCCAUGAGGUCAGAGGCCACUGCAGCUGCUGAACACAAAGGCAAGGUCAUCAUGCACGACCCUUUUGCCAUGAGGCCCUUCUUUGGCUACAACUUUGGCAAAUACCUGGCGCACUGGCUCAGCAUGGCGGAGCGUCCGGCUGCCAGACUGCCCAAGAUCUUCCACGUCAACUGGUUCCGCAAAGACCAGAAGGGCCGGUUCCUCUGGCCAGGAUUUGGGGAGAACUCCAGGGUCCUGGAGUGGAUGUUCAACCGCAUCAAAGGGGAGGAUGUCGCCCAGGCCACCGCCAUCGGCUACAUCCCCGCAGAGGGCGCCUUGAACCUGAAAGGCCUGGGAGACGUCAACCUGAAGGAGCUGUUCGGCAUCUCCAAGGCGUUCUGGGAGAAGGAGGUGGAGGAGAUCCAGAAGUACCUGGAGGAGCAGGUCAAUGCCGACCUGCCCCAGGAGAUCGAGAGAGAGGUCCUGGCCCUGAAGGAGAGAGUCAGCCAGAUGUGACCGGGAGCAGAGUGCUCAAACCUCCCAAACCGUCCCCUUCCUGACCCAGGAGAUCCACCUGGGAGCCGGAGACAGUGGGCUCUUCCGGAGCGGACCUCAUCAGCCAGGCGAUACGGCUGCAGACCCCCAAAGGCACACUUUAAAUUUUGAGAUGAGAGCCACAGAGUCAAGGCUAGGAGCCAAUGAGACAGGGGUGGGGAAGUCUGGGUGUGUGUCCACUCCCCGUAGUUGCCCAUCCACGUUCUGCUUCACCCUGAGGGCCCUGGGCCACCUUAGAGGGGUGUGAUCCUUCACUGUGUCAAUCUCCACCUGUUGAAAUGCACAAACACAAAACUUGAGCUGUACAUAUGUGUGCGUGUGUGUGUGUGUGUGUGUGUGUGUGUGUGUGUGUGGUAUAUAUAUAUAUAUUGUGUGUGUGUGUGUGUGUGUGUCCUGUUACCUGGAACCUACUUAAUACCUUUGGAAAAAUCUUGGGAGAGAUGACCCACUCAUCGUGGUCAGAAAUGAAGUGUCCCUUUAUGACUAAUGCGUGUGUUUAAAUUAUUUAUGUACACUACUCUGCUUUACCUCUGCAUAAUGGCAAGCCCCCCUCCCUCCACUUGGCCACUUCUUGUUUAAAAAAAAGACAAAAUAAACUUUUAUAGAAAAGACGGA